UCACUUUCUGUUAACAUUUUCUUGCCUGCCAAACCCAACCAAACAAAGCCAAUAAUUUUCCAACUGAUCAAAGCUCACAACCUCACUUCACUUGACCAAUAAACACAAACCCCAAAUCUUGAGAGAGACACAAAAAAAUGUCUCAGGCCGUAUCGAAUUUGAGCAUUUUUCUUCCAAUGUCAUCUGGUUGGAGGACCAAAAAUUGCCCAUCCCCUGUUUUCUCAAAACCAGUUAAGAACAGCCUCAGGGCCAUGGCAAGAGAUGCAAGGGACAACCUUGACCACUUGCAGAGGGCCACCACCAAGCACCAACAACAACAACCACCCCAGCCCAAAAAGAGAGUCGCCCCAGCACCACCUGUAGGGUUGUGGGACCGGUUUCCGACGGCAAGGACAGUGCAGCAGAUGAUGGAGACCAUGGAGAGGAUGAUGGACGACCCGUUUGCCUACUCGGGCGGGUCGGGCUGGGCAUCCCCAUUGCCGACGGAGACAGGUGGCUACAGCAGGGGAAGGACCCCAUGGGAGAUCAAAGAAGGUGAGGCUGAUUACAAGAUGAGAUUUGACAUGCCUGGGAUGACCAAAGAGGACGUCAAGGUUUGGGUUGAGGAGAAAAUGCUGGUUGUGAAGGCAGAGAAGGUGACCAAGAAGAAGGAAAAUGGGGUGGAAGAAGAAGAAGAUAAUGGUGCUGAUGAGUGGUCUGCUAAGAGCUAUGGGAGGUACAACAGUAGAAUUGCUUUGCCUGAGAAUAUUCAGUUUGAGAAGAUUAAGGCUGAGGUUAAAGAUGGGGUCUUGUAUGUUUCUAUUCCUAAGGCUACCAGUAGUUCUAAGAUUUUGGACAUUCAUGUAGAGUGAUAAUUAGAUUCAGUGAUGGGGAGCAGAGGAUUUUGGCAUCUUUUUUCUUUU